CUGCUUCUUCCAAGUUCCUUCAGCAAACAGUAGGAAUAAAUAAUCGACAGGCAAAGCUGAUGUAGUAAAACAUAAUUAUAUCAUUAAUCAAAGUUAAUUGAUGAACAGUCAUUCAUAAAUCCUCUUUUACAGCUGUUACAAUGAAUGACUCGAAACUAAACAAACCUAUGACAACAGUCUCCCUGCGUUGAGCAAUGCAGAUGCCACCCGACCGCAGAGUCUCGUAUCGAUCGCGUUGCAACGCACAGUUUCUUCAUGUUUAUUGAUCACUGGUCGAUUCGUUUGUCGUAAAAGAGACUGGUUUUGUUUUCUCGGCCAGUGUUCUCAUCAUGCUUCAGAUAGGAGAUGGACUCAUUCUUUUCUCGGUCGUCUUUGUCGUGGUUCUACUGGGAACCAGAAGCGCCGUAUGGUCCACGGUGCUCACGACCUCGCUCUACUUCUUCCUGGUAAUGUUCCGGUUCCCACAGGUCCCGUCCAGCAGGGCCAGACAAGUGCUGCGGCCCGAGACUAGAGUCACCCCGAGCGGCGUGUCAGCGGUUGCGCACCGCGGCGGUGGACACGACGCCCCCGAGAACACCAUAGCUUCUAUACGAGCGGCCAGUGAGAACGGAGCCACAGGUGUGGAGCUGGAUCUGGAGUUCACGGCUGAUGGUGUUCCUAUUCUGAUGCAUGAUGACACGGUGGAUCGGACCACAAAUGGAUCGGGUCCACUCAGCAAAAUGCUCUUCUCUGAACUCCGUAAAUUAGAUGCUGCAGCCAAACACAGAUUCAGUGACCGUUUCCGGGGUGAGAAGAUUCCUAAGCUGCAGGAGGCUAUAGAAGAAUGCAUCAAACACCAGCUGACCAUCUACUUUGACGUCAAAGGUCAUCCAGAUGAGGCGGCUGCAGCCCUGAAGGAGCUGUUUCGAAAAUAUCCAGUGCUCUACAACACAAGUAUUGUCUGCUCAUUUGAACCAAAAGUCAUCUAUAGGAUGAGGCAGGCCGAUGCUGACGUGGUGACAGCAUUAACCCAUCGUCCGUGGAGCCUCAGUCGGUUGGGCGACGGGACGCCGCGGUUCUCAUCCGUAUGGAAACACCACUGGAUGCAGGCUCUGGACGUGCUCCUUGACUGGGCCCAUCAUCAUCUGCUGUGGAACUUGUGUGGAGUCUCUGCGUUCCUAGUGCAGAAAAACUUCAUCUCCCAGGACUAUGUGAAGUACUGGGCUGACCGAGGGGUAGAGGUUGUGGCCUGGACAGUGAACACGGCGGUGGAGAAACAAUAUUACCAGCAGCUCCUAAAGAUCAACUACAUCACUGACAGUCUCGUAGAAGAUUGUGAACCUCAUUACUGAAACUAUGAAUGUACUUUUUCAGGUCCUACAAUAGUGGUUGUGUUUUAGCCUCUGUCAUGAGACACUUAGGCCCGGUUUCACAGACAAGGCUUAGCCUAAAACAGGACUAUGCCUUAGUUCAUUUAGGCUAUUUAAGUCACUUUUAUUUAAAUGCCGUAGAAAAAAACAUUACUGAUGUACAUCUUGAAACUAAACAAUGACACUGACAUAUUUUAAGAUAUGUCAGGGCAAGUUAUUUUCAGUUAAAACAGCUCAAAAUUCAUUUUAGUCUGGGAUUAGUUUUAAGUCUGGUCUGUGAAACCGGGGCAUAGUAAAUUUGUAAUAUUCCAAAAUAAGUAUUAGUGAGAAACCAUUCAGAGAACUAUAUUGAAUGGAAUUAUGAGAAUACUUCCGGAAAAUUGUAGUUGUAUAAUUGUUUAAAUAUUUUUGCAAAAGCGUGAUCUUGAUACAUAGUCUAGGCAUUUCAUAACUCCAAAUAUCAUAGAACGGACCUAUAUUGACAUGCAUAAAUGAAAUGAAUUUAUUAAGGCAGCAUGCUGGAAGUUAUGAUUUAUGACAAGUGUCAUUUUACAGGGUAACAAAGUGCUUUCUUUAUCUGCAAUUUACAAUAGGGGAGAUGUGAAUAUCAAUAUAUGUACAGUACACACCCACUCAGGGGAACCAAUUUAUGAAUAUGUGCUAUUGCAUCAUUAAAUUGCAAUUCUUUUCAAGCCAAAAGUUAAAAAGGGGACGUUUUGUCAGGCAUUUUGGGGGGAAAUGAGGGAAGCCCAACAGCAUAGAAAAGUGCUGCUGAGCUUCAGAUACUGUAAAUGUAUGGCUUUCGUUGAAUUUCAUUCAUGAGAUAUCAGUGGUGUGUGCUAAUUUCAUGCUUAGAAGUCUGUAUAUUAAUAAUAAGAGGUUACAUCCAAAAGUAUGUGCAGAGUUAGAUGGUUUAAUGAUGUGUUUAUAGCUAGUUUUAAAGCAAUAAUACUGUAGGUUCAUCCUGACCUGAGGUCAGUUCUCAGGCAGCUACCCGUUAAUAAUUUUAUGUAGGACACAUACAUUUGUUAAAAAGGCAUGUGUUUCUGAAAAAAAGAAUAAAAGAAACUAAAAUUCAUGAUGAA